GGUUAAUAUCUGGAACUUUAAUUGUUAAAUGAGAUUUUCAUUGAAACUUUUCCAAAUGCCGCCUAUCGCGAAAGCAUUUGAUUUUAUUGUGAUUGGAGGUGGUUCUGGUGGCUUAGCUUGUGCCAGACGCGCUGCUGAAUUCGGUGUUAAAGCUGCCAUUGUUGAAGAGGCACGAUGGGGUGGCACAUGUGUAAAUGUAGGAUGUGUACCAAAGAAAGUUAUGUUUAAUACAGCAAUGCAUGCAGAGUUUAUUCAUGACCAUAAAGAUUACGGAUUUGAUGUGGAAUAUAAAGGAUUUAAUUGGGCUAAAAUAAAAGCAACAAGAGAUGCCUACAUCAAGAGACUGAAUGGGAUUUAUGAAACUAAUCUUGAAAAGUCUAAAGUUGAAAAAAUAGAAGGUCAUGCUAUAUUGACCGAGGAUAGAUGUGUACAGGUUGGAGAGCAGAAAUUCUCAGCAGAGCACAUACUGAUAGCUACGGGUGGAAAACCUAUCGUCCCAACAAAUAUCCCAGGAGCAGAGCAUGGCAUUACAAGUGAUGGUUUCUUUGAGUUAGAAACUUUACCAAAGAAGGUGGUAGUUGUUGGAGCAGGGUAUAUUGCAGUUGAAUUAGCAGGGAUUUUUAAUUCACUGGGAUCAGACACAUCAAUACUUAUCAGGUUUGAUGAGGUGCUGAGAACAUUUGAUCCUACAAUUAGUACAAAUGUUACUGUAAAUAUGGAACAAGGAGGUGUCAAGGUUAUGAGAAGGACACAGGUUAAAUCUGUGACAAAAAGGGAAAAUGGAUUACUUGACCUUGAACUAAAUACAGGAGACAAAAUGACAGAUGUGGACUGUUUGUUGUGGGCAGUUGGAAGAGUUCCACUAUCAGAAAAUAUAGGCUUAGAAAAAUUAGGAAUAAAAAUGGAUAACAAAGGCCAUAUUGUGGUAGAUGAGUUUCAGAAUACUACAGGGAGUAAGAUAUAUGCUCUUGGAGAUGUAUGCGGUAAAGCCUUACUUACACCAGUUGCUAUAGCAGCAGGUAGAAAAUUAGCUCACCGACUGUUUGACAACAAACCAGAUCUGAAGUUAGACUACAAUAAUAUACCUACAGUUAUAUUUUCACAUCCACCUAGUGCCACAUUGGGUCUUACUCAAGCUGAAGCAGAAGAAAAGUAUGGCAAAGAAAAGAUCAAAGCCUACAAAUCCGAGUUUACACCUAUGUAUUUUUCUGUAACAACAAGGAAAGAAAAGUGUCAUAUGAAGUUGAUUUGUUUGUUACCUGAUGAAAAGGUGAUUGGACUACACAUGGUAGGACAAGGUGUUGAUGAGAUGUUACAGGGGUUCUCUGUAGCUGUCAAGAUGGGUGCCACAAAGGCUCAAUUUGAUGCAACUGUAGCAAUCCAUCCGACAUCCUCGGAAGAACUUGUCACCAUGAGAUAAUUCAUUUUUUUAUACACAUUUAAAAUCAGUAAUCUUAUUCGGAAUAUAUUUUUUGUUAGAUGUUUUUUAUAUUAUAUUGAUAUUUAUAUUUGUGUUUAUCAGAAAUAAUUCCUUCGCCCAAUAUGAUAUUAGAUGCCAUAUUUAUACAAACACCAUAAAUCAGUAGUAUUAAUGUACAUGUUAUCUCUGCUUUAGGGAUUUUAUAAACUACCUCAGAUUUUCCUACACCAAAUUUUUUGUUAUUGAUUCAUAUAAUUUAAUUAAACCCUGGGACCAACAUCAGAGAAAUUGUUAUUUGGCUUUUACCAUUGUUUCUCUUAGUUAGCAACAUUCAUACAUUCCUGUGUGAAUGUCAUGCAAAAUAAAAUGUGCAACUUAAUAUCCAUUACAUGCUAUUUGUAUAUUUUAAAUGUAACUAGGUGUUUAUUUUUUAUUUAACCCUAAAUGACUGAUUUUUGAUGUCAUGCUCUAACAUAGAAAUUUUGAAUGAAAACUUAAGCAUACUUUUCUUUUAAAAUAUUGUUAGUUUGCUGUUAAUUACAACAUAAUUUUUUUUUUUAUAAUGAAUUUUCUUUAUUGUAACAAAUAGACUAGCACAACAUGUAUGAACAAAAGGUAUACAGAAUGGCAUAUUCACACAAAGGAAGUAUUAAAUAAUUAAACAACAAUUGAAUAUAUGAUGGUGCAACAAUAGGUUGAAAAUAAAUAAUUUUCUUAUAACAUUGGAAUCUUAUUUUUUAGAUAUCUAUGAUGUAAAUGUUUUCCUUUCAAUUGAGCACCAUAUGACAAACCCCAUGAUAGUUAUAGGUCUGAAAAAGGCAGACUUAAUUCAAUUACAAAUGGUCCAAAAAUGAUUGACAUUUAAACAUUAGAAUUGUAGAACAGUAGCAUGCAGUUUUUUGUACAAGAAUAAAAAUGAUUUAUGUUAUAUAUUUGAUAAUGGAAUAGCUCAUUUUACCUUACAGUUGCACUAAUUUUAAAUCUUCGGUGAAAGUGUUUCUGUUGUAUUCUGUUUAUUCUAUUUUUGUAAUUCCUUGAUAAUGACCAUAAAUGUACUGUGCUUAUCAUUUUAUUGUCCCUACUGCACACGCUUUGUUGAACAUAGUAGUUGUCUUAAUUUUCUAUCCAUCUUACCCAUAAUGAACUGUCAGUUUAAUUUUAUGAUUCUUUUGGGAGUUACUUGAUUUUGGCUAUUGUAAAUUGUAAUCUGUUUUGGAGGAAGUAGUGUUUUUUUUUCACCCUCUUUUGUCUUUUGCCAUGGCGUUGUCAGUUUUUCUAGACAUAUGAGUUUUGAAUAAUCUCUUUGUAUCUUUCACCAUAUUUUUAGUAAAACUAUGACACAU